UUUGUAAAAGUUACCUAGUCCCCGUUCGUAAGUACUAGCCCAUAGCCCUUCAUCUCCUGCCUUCACGCACGUAAACGUACAGGCACAAGUACAGAAAGGAAGAGCCACACCAAUGAAUGAAUCUCCCUCCCUUGAACUCUACCAUUGAUUUUACCUAAUCGCUGUGUGGUGCGCGCGCGCUAUCAACCGCGCUGGAACGGCCGCACCACAGCCGUCCAUCUCACGCGCCCGCACAGCCACGUGGGUUGGUCGACCAACCAGGGGCGACCAGAUGGUUUUCCUCCAUCCUCCCGUUCCCAUCCCCCACUCCACUCCCCACUGCGCCGGUGACGAGCGAUACCCCAAAUCCCCCACGAAAUCCCUAGGGCUUCGCGGCGAGCUAGCCGGCGACGAGUCAAUUGACGGAGAAAGGAGACCCCCAGCGAAGGAUUCCGCCCAGCAUCCGACGGGUGAGGGCGGCACGCGCGUGCCAGAGAAGGAGGAGAAGGAAGCAUCGACGGUGAAGGAGAAGAAGGAAGCGACGAAGCUCUGCGCGAAGCGACGGAUGCCCCGGAGACGCGAUAUCCUGCUGAUUCAACGCCCCAAGAAGCAACGUGCAAGCCAAUAAACAUGAUGUGUUUUCAAGAGGCAGUAGUUUUCCUUCAUGCCAACAAUAUUUUCAGUUCUGCAGGUGUAGGGGGGAGGCAAGAACAGGGGGACAAGAUUCAUGUCAGGUUCUGCAACAACAAUUCAGUACAGGGGCAAAUUUUGCAAGCAGUAGAUCAAGGGGUAGGUACAUAAAGGGAAAUACACUAGUUCUAGAACAACCAAGGAUGUUGGCAGAUUUAAUGGUAUGUUUUGCCUUGAUUACCUUUGUUGUCGUCUUCCCUGGGAGUUUUUUUGCCCAGCUUUGGCAAUUUCAUUGCCCACAAUUUCUCCAAAUUAUUGCCUGAUCAGCAAGUUUUUGUAGACA